AUGGACCCGCCACCGGGCCUGGGCGGCCGCGCGUGGACCGGCCUGACAAACUCAUCGCCGGGCGACUGGGGCGAGGCCUGUCGGAUGGCCGAGCGCCGCCUGGCCGCCGGCAUCGCGGAUGCCAUCCCGGGGAUCGUGUCCUGGACGCAGCCCGACCUGGAGGAGAAGGGGCUGGAGUGGCGGGCGUGCAGGCGGACGGUGUACGAGGUGGUGCUGAUGCACAACUCUUCGGGUGCCAAGGACGCGUACCGGAACCCGCGGUGGAGGGCGCCGCGGGGUGGCAGGUAUCAACCUCCAGCUGGCUUGUCUGUUCAGCCCUGGAUGAGGAUUGCAGAAUGGUCCGCCCGUGGUGCGCUGGCUGCCAACUGGGAACAAGGGGGCCAGACCGAGCACGGGCAGUGGUGGCAACGGGAAAGGGAGGAGAGGAGAAAGGCAAGGCAGGAGAGUCUGCGCUCCAUUGGUCACCAGCCAGGGGACCUCUUCAGCCCGGAUUUGUGGAGGAAAAUCGACAUGCGACGAGGCCAUCAGGAACAGUCGCAUUGA